AUGCCAUCCGAACUAUCCUCAAACAACCCAACAUCGACAACAAGCAAGAUCAAGAAGACGGGAAUUAUCAAAGAUAAUCGACCCGGUCUAUUAGACGAUAUGGUAUUUUACAUGCACGAGUACAUGGGGAAUUAUAUGGGUCAGGGAAGACACAGGUUUGAAGUGAAACGGGAGAUAUUGGCAAAAGGCGGUCAAAUAGUCUAUUCACCCACUGAUCCAUCCGUCACUCACAUACUUGUUCCUCCAGAUCGUGAAGCCCGUCAAAGAUCGGAGGAUUCAUCAAGUAUACUCAACCUACGGGAAAUCCAGAACCAAACUUACAAUACAAAAACCAAGGAAGAGGUAGCAUUUUGGGAUAUCCCAAAAUUGGUGUUAUUCUUCGGCCAACACCUGAACGAAGAUGGAGAGAUCAUCAAGGAUGCGGAAGUACCUGUGUUGAGAAUGGGGUGGAUAUUGAGAUGUGUGAAGAAAAGAAGGAUAUUGGUACAUGAGGAUGGAGAUUGGGAUGGACAGUUUCUCAGAGCUCGUAUAUUUCCCGAUUUCCAUGCCAAGCCCAGACCCGACGCACGGCCGAUCCAGGCUAUCGAGAUGGGUGGUCAAGGAGUCUCAAGAGAACAUCUGGAUUUUGCCCGGCAAAUGAGCUCAGGAGGAUCAAUGACAUACAACGCAAGGCCUAUCAAUCCUUCUGCUCCUACAUCAGCUUAUCAACCUAGGAGACACCUAGUCAAGGAUGAGAUACGCGAUCAAGCGUACCCACCCAAGGACUGGACUCGAACGAUCCCAAUGGGCGCCAAAGUCAAUCGAUGGAGUGCACUGACCAACGCACAAGAGACUUCAAAAAAACCUCAAUCUCCCGUACACGUAUUCCCCAAGGCUGACCAACUAUCUGUAUCAGUAUCUGCGGAAAGCGUGAUUGAUACUCAAAAAUUAUCGUCAAGGCAGAACUGUGUCGGAACAGCAGUAAUCAACGAGCAUCAAUCGCCUGUUGUAAACUCUCUGAAGAAAUCAUCCAGUCAAUCGUCCAGUCCUCAACACACUUGCGGACCCGAGCCGAAGCGCAGUGAAGCCAACAUCAACGAGACUCAUGUCCCCAUGACACCUAUCUCCUCUUUUGGACCUAUAUCUCACGAUCAGCCAGAUCAGACACAACAGCCAAAUAGAAAACGAGAGAGUCCUUUGGAUAUGCCGCCUCUAGCUUUAGAUCCCAGACAACACUUAAAACGAAGGAAGAUACAGGAUUUGGCAGAGACAAAAGUCACAGAGGACGAAAGGCCACCGACUCCUCCUCUUCCUGAGGAGAUGCAGACGAUUCUUCCAAUUGUCCAUCAAGCAAAGAGCAAACUUCCGUCUCCGCCCGAAACAUCCCCGAACAUACAAGUGACAGGAGCAAGUCCUGUUGGGACCCGGGCGAAGCAAAUCAUGGAUAAUUCUCAAAGUGUAAAUUCAAGAUCUGGCGCCAAAUCCAAAUCUGUCACUCCCUCUUCAAGCUCGAGGAUAACGCAAGCGUCACCCGCCAUCCCGCGCAGCACCAGUAAGAUAUUCUUUGCCAAUGGUCGUCCUAUGACCUUUAACGUACAUCAAGGUAAUUUUGCAACGCAAUUCCUUAUUCAGAGCGGAGGAGGUGUGAUUAUGCCGAUAGAACACGCCUCGACUAUAAUCUUUGAUAGAAAGAGCUCGAAGCAGCCUUGUACAGCCGAAGAGGAGGAUGUUUUAGAUGGAGUCGAAUUAAGAGGAGAAUGGCAGGUGGUGGUCUCCUCUAAAUGGAUCGAAGACUGUUUGCGAAACGGCAAGCAGAUCGAGGAUCCUAAUUAUAGGAUCACCAAAGUUCCCCAAAGCGUGGCCAUUCCUGAAGAUUACACGGAACACGAAGGAAGACCAGACCAUGAUACCAUGGAUGUGGACUAUAAUAGUGAUGAAGAGGAGAGUGUGAUCUGCUUGAGUGAGAAUAGACCUGCCCUAGCGGUCAGACCUAGAAUUGAACCAGCAAAGCGGGAAGAACGAAAACCUGUAGUCGAUUCUCACUUGCUUCCAAGAAUGCAAAACCCAUCGGCAGGACCCUCACUUCGUAGUACAGCAAUUCAGACCUGCAAGGCGGACAGAUCGAGAUCAUCAUCCCAUAAUCAGAGACAUAAUAAUCAUUUGGUCAAGUCUCAUAAGAUAAGCGGAGGAACGACGGGUCUCAAAGGGAUUAAAAUUUUGGAGGAAAGAAAGGAACGCUCUUCAAACACAUCAAAAGGAGUGAGAAAGGUGACCGGAUCAAAGUCAUCAGUUCAAGGAAUAGAUCAAUCAGUGAAUAUACUAGUUGAGGAAAUGAGGUGUUGGAACCCGAAGAAUUGUCGAAGAACGAAAUUUCUGAAUGAAUUGACCAAAAAACGUCCGGAACGUCAUUGGAGAAAAUUCUUUGACAGACAUCGAUCAAAGAUAUUGUCGAGGUUCGACCAGUUGGGAUAUAUUUAUCCGGAUACAAAUACGAUCAAAAUGAAAAUGCAAAAGAAGAAACAAGAGGAAGAAAGAGAAGAUGAUGAUGAUGAUUUGGAGGAAUUGAUCAGUGAUCAUGAGGAGGAUAGCAUUUAUGAACCUUCGGUGAACUAA